AACAAACUCUCCCCAGUUGGAACCCGCCCAGGCCACGGUACAACCCCAAUCCCGGCUCACCGCCCAGCCUCCGGCUCUGCUCGCUUCGGCGAGCGGGCGGGCGGAGCCAGGUGGAGAAAGACUGCGAGUGCAUUUUGUCCCCGGCCAGGCUGGGGAUAGGGGACGGUGCUCCUCCCUCUCCCCGGAUCCCCAGUGGGAAAAGAGGAGGAGGAGAAAGAAGAGAGCUGUCUAGCUUCUUCUCUGAGGCGAGGCGCCUUCGCUCCGCCCCUGUACCCUGAAGCAGUAGGGCUGCCCCGCAGUCCUCUGGGGCCGCUUGAGGACAGCGCGCAGAAGGGAGCAUCUCCCGAGUGUGACAGGGAUGUUCCAAAUCCCGGGAUUCCCCAGAGCCAGAGUCGCGAGUCCCAGUUGCCUCGCGCGAGGCUCGCGGUUCGCGCUGUACCGGCUGUUGCCGCUGCUGUUUCUACACGCUCUGCUAUGUCCCGGAGCGAGCUCCUGGAAGCUCACUAUCCUGCACACCAAUGACCUGCACAGCCGGCUGGAGCAGACCAGCGAUGAUUCUGGCAAAUGCAAGGUCGUUUCGAAGUGCGUGGGCGGCGUGGCCCGUUUGCACACCAAGGUCCAGGAAAUCCGCCAAAGCGAGCCCAACGUGCUGCUACUGGAUGCCGGGGACCAAUAUCAGGGAACGGUCUGGUUCACCGUGUACAAGGGCACCGAGGUGGCUCAUUUCAUGAAUGCCUUGGGUUACGAUGCUAUGGCCCUGGGAAACCACGAAUUUGAUAAUGGAGUUGAAGGACUGUUGAAUCCAUUACUUAAGCAAGUAAAGUUUCCAAUUCUCAGUGCAAAUAUUAAAGCAGAGGAACCAGUUGCAUCUCAAAUAUCUGGUUAUUAUCAUCCAUACAAAAUUUUAUCUGUUGGUGAAGAGAAAGUAGGAAUCAUUGGGUAUACUUCCAAGGAAACCCCUGUCCUUUCAAAACCAGGAAGAUAUUUAAUAUUUGAAGAUGAAAUCCCUUCUUUGCAGACUCAAGCGGAUAAGCUGAAAACCCUCGGAGUGAAAAAAAUUAUUGCCCUGGGCCACUCAGGUUUUGAAAUGGAUAAGCUGAUUGCUCAAAAGGUGAAAGGUGUAGAUGUUGUAGUAGGAGGACACACAAAUACAUUUCUCUAUACAGGCCGUCCUCUUCCAUCCAAGGAAAUACCUGCUGGGGACUAUCCAUUCAUAGUCACAGCUGAUGACGGGCGAAAGGUCCCAGUUGUUCAAGCAUAUGCAUUUGGAAAAUAUCUGGGAUACCUAAAUGUUGAAUUUGACAAUGAAGGAAAUGUAGUCACAUCACAUGGAAAUCCCAUCUUCUUAAACACCAGCAUCCCAGAAGAUCCACUCAUAAAAGCAGAAAUCGACAGGUGGAGAAUAAAACUGGACAAUUAUUCUAAGCAGGAGUUAGGCAAAACCAUUGUUUAUCUGGAUGGCUCCACACAAUCCUGCCGUUUUAGAGAAUGCAACAUGGGAAAUUUGAUUUGUGAUGCUAUGAUUAACAACAACCUUAGACAUCCUGAUGAAAAGACUUGGAACCAUGUUUCCAUGUGUAUCCUGAAUUCAGGAGGCAUUCGAGCCCCCAUCGAUGAACAGAACAAUGGUACAAUCACAUGGGAAAACCUGGCUGCUGUGUUGCCCUUUGGGGGCACUUUUGACUUAAUUGAGUUAAAAGGCUCCACUUUGAAAAAGGCCUUUGAGCACAGUGUCCAUCGCUAUGGCCAAUCCUCUGGCGAGUUCCUGCAGGUGGGCGGAAUCCAUGUAGUCUAUGAUCUGAAACAAAGUCCUUGGAACAGAGUAAUUAGUUUAGAUGUCCUUUGUACCAAGUGCCGAGUGCCAACUUAUAUGCCUCUCCAAAUGGAUGAAGUCUACAAGCUUGUCCUCCCAAGCUUCCUUGCUGAAGGAGGGGAUGGAUUCCAAAUGAUUAGAGAUGAAUCUUUGAAGCAUGAUUCUGGUGACCAAGAUAUCAAUGUAGUUUCUGAAUACAUCAACAAAAUGAGGGUAGUUUAUCCAGCGGUUGAAGGCCGGAUCAAAUUUUCUUCAGGCAGUCACCUUCAAGCAAACCUCUUCAGCUUCUCCCUCACAUUUUUGGCAUUGAAUUGGAUUCUUCACCAAUAAUUGAGUUUUUUCCAUAAAAUUUAUGGGAGGGGGUGAACAAAUUGUUAAUUUAGUGUCAAAAACAAGUUUUAAAAGUGUUAAAAACAAACAAAAAUCUUUAGACAGUGGUUAAGGUUCUGAUUUGUGCUCAGUAACCUAUCAUUAUGAAAACACAAUUCAGCUUCAUAGGGUCUCCCUAAAGCUAAUGGUUUGGGAACUUUGUAACAACUCUUACUCAGGAUAGGGAGGGGUGAGAGGGUAAGAGUAAAGGACUGGAAGGUGGAGGGGGAAGAACUAGAAAGCCAUGGAUAAACAAAAAAUAAAACAAAAACCAUAUAGGAAACAAUGUAUCCCACACUAAAUUUACUAAACAUUUUACCUUUUGUGCCUUAAGAUUUAGUGGGUUACAAAUAGCAAGAUACAACUUCCCAGGCAGUUUAAAAAUAUAUAGCUAUUUUAAGUGAAGUAAAAAUUAUUCUCAUUUUCUAUACCCAGGCCAGGAUGUCACUUCCAGAAGUAAGGAUAAUUUCAGAGAAAUGCUUGACUGUCUUUUCUCCUUAUCGUUGUCAGUUGGUCUGUCUAGGAGUGAAAACAUUGUUUUUGAGCUAUUUUUGAGAGCUUUAAGUAGAUGGUAGAUAUUUUGGCUAGUUAACAUGAUGCAAGUUCCAGAGCAAUAUUUUUUUAAGGCUGUGGAUUGGAGUGGCAAUGGGGUAUAGAUAAUAUCCUUGGAGUCAGGAAGAAUUGACUUCAAGUCCAGCCAUUGACAUACUUAGCUAUGUAACCUGUGGGCAAACAUAUAACUUCCCAAUACCCUGGGCAGCUUCCUAAGAUUUUAAGAUACAAAUGAGUUUCCAAUCUGCUAUGGAAGAUAAUAUGGGGGGGGGCAGGGGGAAGUCAACCUUUCUUUAAAAAAAAACUUCAUUAUAUUUCAUUUGGAUAUAUAAAUAUAUAUAUAAUAUGUGUGUAUAUACACAGAAAUGUAUGUAUAUAUAUGUACAUAUAUACAAAUAUAUAUGUAUAUGUGCCUAAACAAUUACUCACGAUUAACAAAGAAUAAAUAUUUCAAAUAGGCUUGAAAACAGGUUCUCAAUGAACACAUGUCAAGUUCUUAAAGAGAAAAUCAUACUGAUAAGUUUUGGGCAUCCUUCUAGGUACAUCAAUAUACUUUUCUCAGUUGGGUGAAUUUUAUGAACUAAAUAUGUGGAUAUAUCACCUAUCUGGAUUGUCUGGCUCCUUUUAUCAUGGAACAUAACAAGCUGCCUAGCUCUCUGGCAAAAUGCAUAGAAUAAAAAACACAAAAAGAAGCUACAACAGGAAGAAACAGAAUUUUUAAAAAAGGAAAAGCUAAAUCAUUGAGGACAGAUGCACUGCAUAGAGUAGAAAAGUAGGUCCCCCGAGGUUAAGUUUUUGCUGAAUGCUGCUGCUUACCAGUGAGCACUAUAAAUAAAAGAGAGAGUGAUGAUUUUUUUUGGUCUAUCAACCAACCAGUUUCAUUUAUGGGUACAAUAAGAUGUCUCAAAAGAGUUUCCUAAUUAGACUGAACCUGGGUUAUCCAAACAGAGAAGAGAAUCUGUCCUUUGCUCUAAAUUCUCCAAGGAAAGUUCCAUCACAGCAGUCUAUUAGUCUUGGUCUGGUGUCUGUUUAACCAGAGUGCACACAGCCUACAUUAGGAUGGACUGUUGUAAGGAUUAAGUACCAAAUGCAACUGGUAGGCAAUAUGAUAGUGAGACAAUAUGGAUAAUUCUUAGGACACAUAAGGUCAGAUUUAGGACUGUGACUUUUGAGGUUAUCUAGAGUCAACUUCCCUCACUUUACAGACAAGGAAACUGAAAGUUGGAGGUCAAGUGUUAGCUCCAAGGAAAAUAGGAGUAAAUGGCAAAUAUGUUUUGGAGGGAUUUUUUUUAAACUUCUCCUUCCCAUAGUAGAAGUACUAAGCGAGUAAAAUAACUUUCAAAAAGGGUAUUCAUGCAUCCUAGCCUAAAGUACUUGGAAGCUAUAUUUUCAACAACCUGUCUGAUCUAUGCACAUAUUUGCACCCCUAUGGCAAGAAAGAAUCUUGUAGGAAACCAAAAUAGAAGUAAGGGCUCUAUAAAAAAGGGGACAUUGAGACAUGGAAAAACUGAUGUGCAAUUCCUAUUCAAAUCCUUGUAAUUUAUUCAUGUGAUCCCAGAAACACAUCAGAUUUGCAGGCUUAUUAACGUUAGUAACUGAGGACUAUAAUCAUAAGAGGACUUCCCUCUAAAUAAUUACUUGCUCUUACAGUUUAAUAGCUACAUGUAAAAUGACACACGUAAUCAAUCCAAGAAUAAGUAGGAACCUUUCCCUGACCAAACAGGUGGGGAAAUAGCAUUUAAUAUUUCUCAUUUCAUAUUUUUUUCCUAUGUCCAAAUAAAGCAUCCUAAUUGAAAAUAGCCCAGUCCAUAUCUUAAUUAAAAAUCUUAUUUAAAUAGAUUUGUGCACUAAAAUAAUAAUGCUUUUCUACAUGUAGAUCAACUUGGCAAUUGGAUGGAAUAUUAAUAAGGUUAUAAAAGUUUGACAUCUGAAAAAGCUAAGUUUCAGAUAUUUUCAAUUUCCUCUUUUUUUAAUGUUGGGAUAAUAAAAUAGGUUAAAUGUUAUCGAAGUCCAUUUUUUAAAAUGAGAUUUUAUACAUUUUUAAUGUAAAAAUUAAUUAUUUUGUGGUGGUAUCAUAGAAUGUUGAUAAGGAGCAUAAAACACUUUGCAAAUGUCAUGUGCACUGUGUAUAAAUUACAAACAAUAAAAUUCAUUGAGAACUAGUUUUAAAUAUUAACUGCUAUCCACAAAGUUACAUGCAUGUAUGUAUGUAUGUGUACAUAUAUAUGCAUGUAAGUAUAUUUUCAUAUACCCAUACACAUAUACCUUCACAUGUGUAUUUGCAUGUGUAUUUAUAUGUGCAUGUAUUUUGUGUGUGUGUGUAGAUAUGUACUUAAUGGAACAUAGCUAAAAUUUUUGACAUCUUCUUUUUGGUACUUUCCUGAUUUCACAAAUACUUUCUUGGUACUCCCUAUCCCCACUACUUAGCACAUAAAGAAGCAUGCAUGGGGCAGCUAGGUGAUGCAAUGGAUAGAGCACCAGUCCUGAAGUCAGGAGGACCUUAGUUCAAAUCUGGUCUCAGACACUUAACACUUCCUAGCUGUGUGAUCCUGGGCAAGUCACUUAAUCCCAAUUGCCAAAGCCAAAAAAAAAAAAAAGAAGAAGAAGAAGAAGCAUUCAUGAUCCGAAUGUCCUAUAGCUAUCAUCAUCCCUUAAGAAGGUCCAGCUUUAAAAGUGUUCUUGACUCUCUAUGGACAGGAAAUGGGGAGGGAGGAUUGAUUAAAAUAAUUAAUCAAUUAAUAAGCAUUAAGUAUCCAUUAUAUUCCUAGCACUGUUGUGCUAAGUGCUGAGGAUACAAAAAGCCAAAAGACAGUCCCUACUCUCAAGGACUUCAUCAAAUCUGUUUGAAAUAAACCAACAUUUCAAAAUAAA